AUGAAAUUAACUGAAUCUUUCUAUUACGAAGAAACUCGAGGUUUAUGCGGCCGUAAACUAUUACGUGAAAUUGGUGAACAAGGCCGUACAAGAAUUCGUCUUUAUGCAUACGAAAGCUGGCCGAAACCAGCUCUGAUUUCAUACUGGACAAUAAAAACAGUUUGGUGGUCAAAAACAAAAUGUGAAAUUAUCGAACAACAAGGCCAUCGAACAAGUAUCACCAAAGGCCAUAUGAAAUGUUUGGGUAAUGGUCGUUUGGAAAUAACUGGACAAUUUCAACGGUAUACAGAUCGAUUCUUUCGCCUUCUCCUUUCAUCACAAAUAACUGAUGAUGAUCUGUCCGAUGGUUACAUACUUUCCGGAGAUCUUGAACUGGGGGAUACAAAAGAUUCAAUGCAACAAAGUCAUUUUGCUGUUGUUAAGCUUCAGCAACAAGAUCAUCAAACGCAUAUGUUAAAUGACUUUUAUAAAAAAAUUCGCAGUUUAUUAUUGUUGGGUUGCGUAUGA